CUGCCAGGCACUGUGCAGACCCCAGCUGAGAUCUGGACCCUGUUCUGCCAGGCACUGAAGAGACCCAGGUGUGUAACUGAGAUCAGGGCUCUUAUCAUACUGAGCGUGGCCCUGUUCUGCCAGGUGCUGAAGAGACCCCGAGAUCUGGGCCUUGUUCUGCCAGGCGCUGCGGAGACCCCAACUGAGAUCUGGACCCUGUUCUGCCAGGCACUGAAGACACCCAAGAUCAUCCCAUCCUCCCAGGGGGAAGGCAAUGGCUGCAAUGGAGCUGGCUCAGGCUGCGGAAUAAUGUCCAUGUUUCGCUCCAGUUCAUCCCAUCCUCUCGUUGGACAGGGGAGAGAAAUGGCUGCAGAGGAGCCAGUUCAGGAGCCGGUGACCUUCGAGGAGGUGGCUGUGUAUUUCACCAGGGAAGAGGGGGCUCUGCUGGACCCCACUCAGAGAGCCCUCUACAGGGAUUUCAUGCAGGAGAACUAUGAGAAUGUGACCUCGCUGGGUUUUCCAGUUUCCAAACCUGAUGUGAUCUCCCAGCUGGAACAAGGGGAAGAGCCAUGGGUCUCAGACCUGCAGGGUUCAGAGGGAAAACAGACCCUGAGAUCUCCCUGCGGAGCAGGUGAUGCAAUGACAUGUGAGAAAGAGGAGCAGAAUUCUCAGCAGAAAAAUGUUCAGCAACUGGAUAAACACAGAGCAUUAUUGCAAAGAUCAAAAAGCAAUGUAUCCAGGAGUCAUGAGGAGGAAAAAUCCUGUGAGAUUCAGCACAGACCAGAAAGAGAGCAAGGAAACCAGCCAGGACAGAAAUUGGGUAAACGUAUUUCCUCUCAGGGAACUCAGAAGGACCUCAAGGAAGCCACAACAAAGCAGGAAAUCAUCAUUGGAAAGAGAAAAAAUGCAUGCACAGAGUGUGGAAAAAACAUAUGUGACUACUCAGCCCUUCUUAAUCAUCAGAGAAUCCACACAGGGGACAGGCCCUACGAAUGCCGUGAAUGUGGGAAAACCUUCGCUAGCAGCUCAGACCUUUCUAAACAUCAGAGAAUCCACACAGGGGAGAGGCCCUACGAAUGCCGUGAGUGUGGGAAAACCUUCACUAGCAGCUCAGCCCUUUCUGUUCAUCAGAGAAUCCACACAGGAGAGAGGCCCUACGAAUGCUGUGAGUGUGGGAAAACCUUCACUAGCAGCUCAGACCUUUCUAAACAUCAGAGAAUCCACACAGGGGAGAGGCCCUAUGAAUGCCGUGAGUGUGGGAAAACCUUCACUAGCAGCUCAGCCCUUUCUGUUCAUCAGAGAAUCCACACACGGGACAGGCCCUACGAAUGCAAUGAGUGUGGGAAAAACUUCACUAGCAGCUCAGCCCUUUCUAAACAUCAGAGAAUCCACAUGGGGGAAAGGCCCUAUGAAUGCUGUGAGUGUGGGAAAACCUUCAGUCGCAGCUCAAACCUUAUUACCCAUCAGAGGAUCCACACAGGGCAGAGGCCCUAUGAAUGCUGGGAGUGUGGGAAAAGCUUCCUUCACAGCUUUCACCUUUCUAGACAUCGGAGAAUCCACAUGGGGGAAAGGCCCUAUGAAUGUUGUGAGUGUGGGAAAACCUUCACUAGCAGCUCAGCCCUUUCUAAUCAUCAGAGAAUCCACACAGGGGACAGGCCCUAUGAAUGCCGUGAGUGUGGGAAAACCUUCACUAGCAGCUCAUCCCUUUCUCAACAUCAGAGAAUCCACAUGGGGGAAAGGCCCUAUGAAUGCUGGGAGUGUGGGAAAACCUUCACUAGCAGCUCAGCCCUUUCUAAUCAUCAGAGAAUCCACACAGGGGACAGGCCCUAUGAAUGCCGUGAGUGUGGGAAAAGAUUCAUUGAAAGAUCAGCCCUUUCUCUACAUCAGAGAAUCCACACAGGGGACAGGCCCUAUGAAUGCCGUGAGUGUGGGAAAACCUUCACUAGCAGCUCAUCCCUUUCUCAACAUCAGAGAAUCCACAUGGGGGAAAGGCCCUAUGAAUGCUGGGAGUGUGGGAAAAACUUCACUAGCAGCUCAGACCUUUCUAAACAUCAUAGAAUCCACACAGGGGAGAGGCCCUAUGAAUGCCGUGAGUGUGGGAAAACCUUCACUAGCAGCUCAGCCCUUUCUGUUCAUCAGAGAAUCCACACACGGGACAGGCCCUACGAAUGCAAUGAGUGUGGGAAAAACUUCACUAGCAGCUCAGCCCUUUCUAAACAUCAGAGAAUCCACAUGGGGGAAAGGCCCUAUGAAUGCUGUGAGUGUGGGAAAACCUUCACUAGCAGCUCAGCCCUUUCUAAUCAUCAGAGAAUCCACACGGGGGAAAGGCCUUAUGAAUACCGUGAGUGUGGGAAAAUUUUCACUUACAGAUCAGGCCUUUCUCAGCAUCAGAGAAUCCACACAGGGGACAGGCCCUAUGAAAGCAGAGAAUGUGGGAAAACCUUCUCUUGGCACUCAGCCCAUAUUAGCCAUCAGAGAAUCUGCAAAGGCGAUGAACACCAUAAAAACCUCUAGGGCUAUCACUUUUUUUCUUUAAUACUUUUCCUGAUUCCCACAUAAUAACUUUUUAAAUCUGUUUGAACGGUUUGCAGCACUGUUAUCCCUCAGCUUGUCCAGAUGAGUGGCCCAUUUAUGCCUUUUGUAGUUUGCCUUCUUUUGUGACAGGCCCAUUUGUCCU